GGUUGGAUCAGGAGGGGCCCUGUGACACACACAGGGCCCCUGACAACUUUUUGGGGAAAUUGAGACGACGGACAUCCACAAACAAGGAGAGGCAGAUUGAGACUGGACUGGAUUAAAUCGAACAUAACCAAGUUCGGCCAUCCAAUGUGAAUUUAUUUUGGACAAGAAAUUUGGGGUAGGGCAGGCCUCAGACAAUAUUCGCUCAGACCAAUUAAUUCUAUUUUGUUGUCUUAUUAACGAACCAGGCCAAGGAUGGGAUGGAACCCAUUUUUCUCCAUUUCAGAAAGACCACACUGUCUGGAAAUUGUGCCGACUGAGCAGUCCAACUUUUUUAAGUGGAUCAUCAGUCUCAUUUUCAUCAAACAUAAUUUGUUCUUCCGCUAUUGUUAUGUCUUGACGAAACGGAAUGAAAACGGGACUUACUUAACAAUCACCAGUGGCCGCGGAAGCGUAUGGGGACAGAGGGACAAUGUCUCCACGGUUGUUCGAUGUCCGCAUCAUCUCCCCAUCUUAUACAAACCCCUCCCUCCCCCAUCCUACAAUGUUAAUGCCUCCAGAUGUCCCCACAGCUUGCGAGGCCACUGACAAUCACCUAAUGAUGGUUGUCGUUACGCUACUAUAACUUUCCAUGAAAGUCGUCAGCACGCAUAAUCGAAACCUGCACCAAAUCAUGUCAGACACAACAUCAUGCAACUUAUGCCCACCGCCAUCUUUUUUUACCGGAAAUAUUACCCAGCUCCGCCAAUCUGGAGAAACUCCGUUGACCGUGAUGCACACCUGGGGGAAAAAAUAUGGCAAAAUUUUCGGCUACUUUGUCGGCACUCGGGCCACCCUCGUCGUAUCGGAGGUGAAUUUGGUGAAGGAGAUUUUGGUAAAAAAUCGUAAAUCUUGCGGAGAUCGACCUCCCCUCAUUGUCAAAAUGGAGCCUGUAACGGACACCUUGGUCGGUUUGCGGGGGAGGCGAUGGAGUCACGUGAGGGGACAACUUUCUCCCAUUUUUGCGAAGGCGAGUCUCCGCGAAAUGGGGAGGACGAUGGCCGUCUGUGUCGCCGUGACGGGGGAAAUUUUAGCGGAGAAAGUGAAUAAAAGAGGAGGAGGAGGAAUUGACGUGUGGAAAUUGUAUCAAGGACUGACCUGCGAUGUGAUUAGUAGGUGUGCGUUAGCGAUGGAGGUAAAUUCCCAACGUGACAACGACGGUGACGAAUUUUUAGCCGCCGUCCGUGGAUUUUUACAACACGCGAUGAGUCCCUUCAUCCUCCUCGCGCUGUGCUUUCCCUCCAUCGCCAAAGUGGCCGAGGUUGGGAUGAAGGCCUUCGGAGUGUCGCAUCUCAUGACGAGAAUGAUCAUGACCUCGGUCACGGACGCGUUGCAAAAUAGGCGACGAGGGACAACGGACAGGAAACAAAACAACAAUUCAUACGUUGACGUCCUCCAAUUUAUGCUGAAUUCUGGAAAAUUGUCCGACCCUGAAAUUUUGGCGAAUUCUUGGAUCUUCAUUCUCGGCGGGUUUGAGACCACCGCAUCCGCUCUGACUUUCUCCACCUUGCUGCUCGCACAACAUCAAGACGUCCAAGAAAAAUUGGCGUCCGAAUUGGAGAAAGUUUUAGGGGUCGACGAAAUUCCGACCUACGAUCAAAUCCAGAAUGUCAAAUACUUGGAUAAGGUCGUAUCCGAAUGUCUCCGCUUGUAUCCACCUGUCGCCACGUUUGUGACUCGGCAUGUCAACCGUGACAUGAAUUUCGGUGGUAUUACUCUCACUUCCGGUUCUACGGUGCAGGUUCCGAUCUGGGAAAUUCAUCACGACCCGAACCUCUGGCCUGAUCCGGAACACUUUGACCCGGAAAGGUUCAAUCCUGCGGAGAAAGUGGGGCGACAUCCGAUGGCUUUUAUUCCCUUUGGGGCUGGACCGAGGUCCUGCAUUGGGGCGAGGUUUGCCCUCACAGAGAUCAAGAUGGCGUUGGCACAUAUUUUUAUGAAAUUCCGUGUACAUGCACCACCGAUCGACUGGGCGCCUAAAUUGGCCGUGCCUACAGUCACGCUCGUACCUGGGGAAGAGAUCAAGCUAACUUUCUCCUUGAGAAGGAAUGUAUCUUGAGGAUUGUUAUGGGUAGAAGUUACCAAUUUUUUGUAAUAUUCAGAUAUUUUAUUCAUUUUACAUUUACAUAUUUAACUGAUCAUAAUUUAAUAUACUUUUUGCGACCAUAAUUAAUAUGUACUUCCUGUUAUCAUAAUGAAAUCCAAGUUGACACACAAAGAAAAAAAUCUUGUCUUGAUAGAAACGCUUGGUUGACCAGCAAAAGCUUUCAAGGCAUUUGUGGUUGGCUAAUCGUAAAAAUCGAUACAAUUUGUAAAGUUUUUUUUAUUUAAAUUUUAAAGUGAGUUUAACGUGUAUUAUCACUUCUGGCAAAAUACUAGUAUUUAUGGAUAACGAAAUACUUUAAUUAUGAGUAUUUCUGUAAUAAAAAACACUUGUUAUGGUUAAACAUUUUCAAAGUAGGAUAACCUCUAUUCUUUCAUUGUUAAUUGAUUCGUAGCUAUUUAUUUAUUAAGUAUUUAUUUAUGUGCUAUUUAAUAAUUUAUGUAUGUAUUGGAUAAGAUUAUGAAGUAAUUGUUGUGUGCAUGCCUAGUAGUCAGACUGACGAGUUUAGUUAUUCCAUCUGAGUGAAAAGCAUAGCUGAGUGAAUAAUGCCGGUGAAAAUGUACAUAAAAAUUAGUGAUACCAUAAAUUAUUUAUAAAUAAUGUGUAACUA